UUCUUGCCGAUGUCGGAGAAGAGGCCGGGUCCCUUCAUGGCGGCGGGACGGAAGUCGAGGAGGGCGGCGGCCACCGAUCGAAGGCGAGGAAAAAGGAGAUGUCAGAGGGCGCCACCAAGAGGAGCUGUGUGGGAGUCCGGAGAUGCCCUGCCCAGACCCACCCAAGAGCCCCCGUCUGUUCAUACUCGUGUAAUACACAAUCUCAGUUCGAUCGGCACGACACGAGGCGUUGUUGUUUAUAGUAGACCGGUUGCUACACUUUUUGCGUAGGGAGCACUCCACUUGUCUCGGCAGGUACUCCCUGCCUGGUCUCUUCUAGGCCACGGCAACAUACAGAGCCGGCUCCUUGUGAAAACACGGAAAAGCCAGAAGAAAAGAAGUGCAUAUAAAACCAGCACUUGCGAGGAGAAUUAUUGCUGCUGUGGUCUGGAUAAUUGGGCAUCCAAACAAAGGCUCCAUCUCCUUUGCUGGCACGACCAAAAACUUCUCUUCAUCCAAUCUGCAACUCCCUCCCGCACCAAACCUUACCCAGGACUAGGAGGAGGAAAGAAAUGGAGGAAUAAAGCAGAGUGAGAAGAGAAGAGGAAGCGAGGCCUCUGCUCCAGCUCCUAUACAGGAGCGAGCGACCCAGACGCCUCUGCUUCGGUGCUUCCCAGUGCCAGUAGUCGCCAAUCCGCCCAGGUCUCAUGCUUCGGUCCACGCACCCACCCAGCCCCAGCAGCGGCAGCUCCGACGCCACGAUGGUCGGGGGCGGCGCCCCGAGCGGCGCCAAGCUGCUGCAGAUCCUCAACGUGCGGGUGGUGGGCAGCGGCGACCGCGUGGUGGUGCUGUCCCACGGGUUCGGCACGGACCAGUCGGCGUGGAGCCGCGUGCUCCCCUACCUCACCCGCGACCACCGCGUGGUGCUCUACGACCUCGUCUGCGCCGGCAGCGUCAACCCGGAGCACUUCGACUUCCGCCGCUACGACACGCUGGACUCGUACGUCGACGACCUGCUCGCCAUCCUCGACGCGCUCCGCGUCUCGCGCUGCGCCUUCGUCGGGCACUCCGUGUCCGCCAUGAUCGGCAUCCUCGCCUCCAUCCGCCGCCCCGAGCUCUUCGCCAAGCUCGUCCUCAUCGGCGCGUCGCCCAGGUUCCUGAACGACCACGACUACCACGGCGGGUUCGAGCUGCCGGAGAUCCAGCAGGUGUUCGACGCGAUGGCGGCCAACUACUCGGCGUGGGCGACCGGGUACGCCCCGCUGGCGGUUGGCGCGGACGUGCCCGCGGCGGUGCAGGAGUUCAGCCGCACGCUCUUCAACAUGCGGCCGGACAUCUCGCUCCACGUCUGCCGCACCGUGUUCAACACGGACCUCCGCGGCGUGCUGGGCAUGGUGCGCGCCCCCUGCGUGGUGGUGCAGACCACCCGCGACGUCUCCGUCCCGGCCUCCGUCGCCGCCUACCUCAAGGCCCACCUCGGCGGCCGCACCGCCGUCGAGUUCCUCCAGACCGAGGGCCACCUCCCGCACCUCAGCGCCCCCGGCCUCCUCGCCCAGGUGCUCCGCCGCGCGCUCGCCCGGUACUAGCAGCCGGGCCGGCCAGGCCUGUUUUUACCGCCUCGAUUUACCCCUGCCGAGACCGAGAAUCAAGAAAUGGCGCGACUCGCGCCGUUUGCUGUGCCUAUGCGCGCCAUGACUGUAGUACAACUUGUUCUGGUAGGUAGUGGUACCCGAUUUCUUUUCGCUUUUUAUGAGCAGUUGCAGUGUUGCACUGCUACUCCGCAUCUUGCCUUCGUCUCCUGCACCUCCACCCAACCCAAGGACAGAUAAGUGGGCCUGCUCGGGACACGUGGCGAGUAGUCGAGGCGGCGCACGAGCUCGUUCCGCCUUCGCCUUCGCCCUGUCCCAUCCGCAACUGCAACUAGUGCUGGGAAUUCAGCCGGACCGCCCUCAUCGUGAUUCGUGUUAAACAGAUUAGGGUUAGGAGAGUCUAAAUUUUUUUAUAUACCGUGCUAGUCUGAAGUAUAAAAGAUCCAGCUCGGUCCUAAAUUAUAUCAUGCAUUUGUUGUACCGGUCCAAACCUGACCUACAUAUUUGAUCAUAUAAAAUUAAAAUAUUACAACCAUGUAAAAUUUAUAGCUUACUAAAUUAAAGAUAUUAAACAAUGUUAGGGUCUGUUUGGUUGA